AUGCAAUUUGGUGGGAUACAAUCGAGGAAGAAACCAAAUGAAUUUAAAAAGUUACCAUUCAACUAUUGUUCAUUAUCACUUCAGCCAUUUGAACACCCUGUAUGUACCCCUGAUGGCAUGAUUUUUGAUUUAAGCAAUAUUUAUGCAUAUGUAAAGAAACAUGGAACAAAUCCUGUUACUGGUAAAAAAUUAGAUCUAAAGACUUUAAUCAAACUUAAUUUUUAUAAAAACUCUGAUGAUGAAUAUUAUUGCCCAGCAACGUAUAAAGUUUUCAAUGACCAUGCACAUAUUGUAGCUAUAAAAACUACUGGGAAUGUUUACUCAUAUGAAGCAAUUGAACGUUUGAAUAUUAAACCUAAAUAUUGGAAAGAUUUAUUAACCGAUGAACCAUUUAAACGAGAUGAUCUCAUAACUAUUCAAGAUCCUCAUAAUAUUGAAUCAAGAGAUUUUACUAAAUUCCAUUACAUAAAAAAUAAUUUAAAAAUCAAGGAUGAAGAAAAACAAGAUUCGUUGAGUAAUAUAAAUGUGAAUGCUACAGGUUCUGCUGCACGUAUCCUAAAAAAAAUAUCAAAUGAUUCUAGUGAAAAGAGUAAGCAAGAUCAAAAGACUACUUCUUCAUCAACAUCAACUUCUACAACUCCAAUAAAAACCUCAAAAAAAAGUAUUCCAUAUAAUGCAGCAUCAUAUUCCCGUGGAUUGGCUGCAGCAUCAUUUACGUCAACGGCAAUGACACCAAUAACAGAGAAUGAGAAUGCACUUAUAGAUGAAGAAGAAUUUAUGCUUGGUCAAAUAAAAUCAAAAGGUUAUGCUCGUAUAGUGACCAAUCUUGGGAACUUGAAUAUUGAACUUUUUAGUGACAAGUCACCACGUGCUUGUUACAAUUUUAAAAAAAUCAAUUAUUUAAUUAAUAUCACUUUUUAUAUUAGUGUAAUAUUUCAUCGAAAAAUAAAAAAUUUUAUGAUUCAGGGUGGUGAUCCAACAGGAACAGGUAAAGGCGGUGUAUCAUAUUGGAAAAAAGAUUUUAUAGAUGAAUUCAAAAGUAAUCUUUCACACAAUGAAAGAGGUCUAUUAAGUAUGGCUAAUCGCGGGAAAAACACAAAUUCAUCACAAUUCUUUUUUACGUUUCGGCCAUGUACACAUCUUGAUAAUAAACAUACAAUAUUUGGAAAAUUGGUUGGUGGUAAAGAAGUUUUAGACAAGAUGGAAUCAGUGCCAACAGAUGAAUCAGAUCGUCCAUUGGAGGAAAUUAAGAUUAGUGAGGUGACGGUAUUUAUUGAUCCAUAUGAAGAGUAUAAAAAAGAUUUGGAAAAGAAAUUAAAAAAAGAUCAGGAAGUUAAAAAACUACCAGUAAAAACUGUAAAAGAUAAUACUACAUGGUUUGGCACGAAAUUAACCAGUUCAAGGUUAUCAUCAUCAUCUACACAAGAUUCAUCUAUUCCCGUAGGUAAAUAUUUCAAAACACAACUUUCUAAAAAACGUGAAUUUGAAGAAAUAGAAGAAGGAAAGAAGAUGAAAAAAAACGAAAUGAUUAUAAGUGAUACAUCAAAGUAUGGUCGUAAAAAAGUAAAACCAAAAAGUAAUAAUUUUGGUGAUUUUAGUAACUGGUAG